AUGGAAGAAGGGGGAUUCCACCCAAGUGCUGACACCGGCCUCGAAGGUACGCCCUGCACUACUCCUUCUGAUCACCGCCCCCCUCUUCCCUUUUUCACGCCCCCCGCUGUUUUUGUUUCUGUCUGCCCCUUCUUGUCUCUUUGUUCAUCCGGAGUGCGCCGACGCCUUUAUUUUUAAAUUUCAACCUGUGAUGUUCUCGUGGAGCACGCGGCCUCGCUUGCAAAUUUUGGGGGAAGUAGUGCGGGACUAAUUGUCACGGAGUUUCUGAUGGAAUUCUCGACAUUGGAAUAUACUAGAUUCCAUGUGGCAAUUGUCAUUUGGUGGUGGCGGCAGCAACAAAUCUGCGUAUCCAGAGAGGCCUGGAGAGCCUGAAUGCAACUACUAUAUGCGUACUGGGCGGUGCGACUUUGGCGAUAAGUGUCGCUUCAAUCAUCCCCGCAACCGUGUGGUAAAUGUUUUACCUUUUAUGAAACCCUUUCACCCCUUUGAUAAUGUAUGUAAUUUUUCCUCCUAUUAGUGGCUUUUAUUCUUCCCAUGAUAUCACUUUAAGAAGUUGUUGAAUGAUCCGAGUCAUAGGGGCUCUCGCAAAUCACAGAAUGAAAACUCCCUGGAUUUGCAUUCAUGUAGGUUUUGCAUUCAUGUAGGUUUUUCUGGUUUUUUAAUCUAAUGGCGUGUGGAAUUAUCUCAGAUAAAUGCAGCUGCAAGUCCAGGAGUGGAAUAUCCCGAAAGAGUGGGUCAGCCAGUAUGCCAGGUAUGGCUUCCAAACCCUUUUCUUUCACUGCGUUUGGAUUUUGGGGUGGUGGACUGAUGCGCAGUCUCUUAUGACAUAGGUUUGAUCGCCCACUUUUAGUAUUUAUUUUGUUGCCAAAAAGGAAGGAUACUAGUAAUGUGAAAACCCUGAAAACUCUCUUUUCUAUGCUCUCUUUUCUUAUGUGCAGUAUUUUUUGAAGACUGGGAGCUGCAAAUUCGGAGCCACUUGCAAGUAUCACCACCCAAGGCCGGAAGAAGCUGUUAGCCCGGUUCAGCUAAACAUCUUUGGAUAUCCCAUGCGCAAAGUUUGUAAUCACUCCAUUACUUUGCUUCUAAUUCUUCAUUUAUUUAUAACUAUUCCGUCAUUUCUUUGGGCGCUGCUUCUUGGUACCGUUUGUGACUGUUGAACAAAUGCAGGGGGAGAAAGAGUGCUCUUACUAUAUGAAAAAUGGGAAUUGCAAGUUUGGUGUAGCCUGUAAAUUCCACCACCCGCAGCCUGCCUUCACAUCAGCGCAUGAACCCGCGUAUCCAUUUUAUCCAUCAUUGUUGUCACCUUAUCAACUCUCAACAAUGGCCAGCUGGCAAGGAGCAAGGACUCUCCCACUGAGUUCGGGGUCCUACGUACCAGGGCCUUAUGGGCCUGUAUUUAUCCCUACAGAGACGAUUCCAGUCCCCGGAUGGGGUCCCUACGUGGUUGGCUUAGUUCUGUUGGAUCCAUUUCUUUCUCCUCAUUAAAUUACUGUGACAGGUUCUGAAGAGGUUAAGUUGACAAUUUAUUCCUUUUUUAUUUUCUUAUUUUUUAUCUUGUAGCCUCCAGUUAACCCAGUUGUGCCUCCCAAGAGCCGACCCACUGAUGAAGAAGGUUCGCUCUAUGGAUUAUCCCACCAGCUAUCUCCAUCUGCUCCUGCAUACAGACGAACUUAUCAACCAGCACCGCCCUUUUCUUCGCCUCCAAAUAAUGGCCAGCGAGAACAGUUAUUACCAGAGAGACCUGAUCAACCAGAAUGUCAGUACUACAAGAAGACAGGGCAGUGUAAAUUUGGAUCCACUUGUAAAUUUCAUCAUCCACCAGAGAAGAUCAUCCCGAAGGCCAGUUAUUUCUUAAAUCCAGUGGGCCUACCUCUUCGACCGGUAUGUAUGAUCAUGUACCCUUUCAUUAUUAAUAUUUCUAAGUCACUCAACCAUAUCUGUGAACUCGUAUUUAUUAAUGUGCGUCCACAAGAUUGUGGACUUCGCUUCUAUCAUGUUAUUUGCUCAUAUGGAAUGGAGUCAAAAGUUUUUUUCUGUUCAGUUUCAUUUGCAAAUCGUCAAAAAUCAAAUUCUCAAUAUCAGUGAGAAUUCCAUGCUCCAAAACAAUGUAUCUUUGGCAUAUGAACGUGCUAAAAAAUUACUUCAUAGAUCUUCAUGGCAAGAAGCAUCGUGUUUCACUCAAAACUUGAAAAUCUUCGUUUUAGUUAGUUGGGAGGAUCACCGUUAACAUUCAACCAUAUAUUAGCUAGGUGUGAUUCUAUAAAUGUGAGGAUCACUCCUAUGCUUUUGUGACUGGUAUCGUUUUCCAUCCUUCCUGAAUUGUGGAUAUCCUUUCCCAUUGCUGCCCUACUUUGCUCUGAAAGAGAUUCUUCUCUAAGAUAUAAUGAUCCAGCAAUUGUCUCUGCUGUACUAAUAAAUUUUUUUCUUGCACAACAGAUCCGUCAUCUUUGUUCAACAUUCUGUCCUCUAUCUUUCCCCUUUUGACAUUUCUUGAAUUUUUAAUUGACCGAAUCAUUAUGUAUGGAUAAAGGAAUUUAUAAAAAAUAGGCCGGGUAGUAUCAUUGUACUGACUUCGACUGACUUGGCUUUCGUAUCAUUAUAUAUUCGUUCACUCAGUGAUUCUGCUGGCCCUAAUUUGCACUGGAGAUCGAAAUUUCCAAUAGCCAAUCUAACCACCACAAGUUGCGCUGAAUUGCUUCUGGUCUGUGUCAUAAUUUAGUGUUCCAUCUAUUUGCCAUAUUUGUCACUUAUCCAAACUUAUGCAAAACUUUAUUUUUCUCUUCCUGUUGGUUUUUGGUUCAGAACAGGGCAUCUUAUCUCUUGAAUGGUAUGAUCUUUUUCCCGAAGGAGCUAUAUGAACAUUUGUUAUUCACAUUUCCGUGGAUCAUAUUUUACAGUAUUUGAUGCUGUGUAGCUAAGGAAAUAUUGACUUUGAUUUUUCUUUUUUGGACCUUGGUACCUGUGUUUCUUUAAACCAUUAUUCCCUAGCCAUCUUCAUCGCAAGGUUGUCAUUUUAUUUCUACAUGUCUUACCCUGGUUCUUCGCUUGGUUUUAUGUGUUAUUCCCUCCCAGUUGAGAUAAUCUUUUGAGCUGAUUAAUUUUAAAUAAAUGUGUAUACACUAGAAUCAAAUGUACUAAAACAAUCACCACAGAGAUGCUGUGAAAAACGCAGAAUAAUUCAAUGUGUACGUCUUUCAGUUUUUAUUGCUGAUUACAUAGGAGAGCAUAUGCCUUUACUGCCAAGUCAAUCAUGGUUGGCCACAGAAUAGUGUUUAAGAUUUCAUUCGACUUAUCAUCCAUUCCACAGGAAAACAACGAGUUGCCCCUAAUUCAUUCGUGACAACUUCCACUGUGAUCUACCUGCAUUUUCAAUUCCUUCUCAUGUGGAGGAAGUUAACUGCGUGCUUUAAAUAAAUCUCAAAUAUGUACCCUGCUUCAGAAUUUUCCCUAACCUUAUUCCUACAUCUUACAUAUUAAAAUUAAUAUAAUGUUGGCUUGCAUCCUUGACCUUUUCUUCUUAAGGAGGAUCCCAUUUCUGCAGCCUUAUGCCCUGUUCAAGUACUCCUCUAUCAUGGUGUUUGAUACUUAUUUGAAGGAAAUUGUCAAUAAAGGUUUAGAGCCAUUCUGUGUUAAAAUUUUAUUGGAAAAUUUAUAAUUUCCCCAACUUUUUCUCUACUUCUUAUGUAUGAUAUGGGUGAUAUAUUUCCAGGAUUGUAUUUCAUAUUCGAAUGAACCUUGUAAUCGUAAGAAAGUGGGCUUUUUAGCUAUGGGCCUAGCAAAAGAAAAAACAAGAUAGGUUCCUGGAGGAUUCCCCUCUUCAAAAUCGUCAAAUUACAUCUAGGCGGAAACUAUGAAAAUGAUUCACUUUGAAGCCCCCAUUUCUAGGAGGAAACUCUUCAAAUAUAUAUAAGUGAACUGUUGUACUCAAUAUAAAAAUUUUGUGAUUUUUUUUUGAUAUAUUCUUGUUUAUGUUCUGUGGGCUCGAAAUUUAUGCUCCAAUCAGCAUUUUGUUAAUUAUUUUUUCUGACUAUUUUUUGAAUGAAAUUCUCAAACAGGGGGCUCCGUACUGCAUUUUCUUCGCUCAACAUGGGGUAUGCAAGUUCGGUCCUUCUUGCAAGUUUGAUCAUCCGAUGGGAACCCUAAGUUACAGCCCAUCAACAUCUUCUCUCGUCGACAUGUCUGUGAAUCCAUCCUUAUUUUCUACUGGUCUAAGGCACGGGGUUUCACCCAAUACCGCAUUUAGUAUUUCCACGCUUUCUCAUUCCUCCAUGCAAGCUCCUCUUCCUCAGAUUUCUACUCCAAGUAGCAACAGCUGCAAUGGCCCUGCUGGUGAGGGCACCACAUCUGGUAUAGAAACGCAGUGA